UUACCCCUUCCAGGAAAUUUUUUUUUCCCAACUUUCUGAAAAAUCUUAUGUGCUUGGGGUUGAGGUUUCGUUGGAUUGUUUGCAAUUUGGUUAACUAAAUAAGUGGCAAAGCAGUGGUUGCAGGAAAUGGGUUCUGUUAAUUGUGUCCGUUUCUGUACAAAAACGUUUACUUUUUCUGUGGAGUACUGACUUGGGACUUGGGACUCGGAACUUUGGACUUGGGAGUGUUGAGAAGAAAAAGCUUUCAUCUGUCAUGGAGUUGGGAGUUCCUGCUUCUUCAUUUUUGUUGAGGAACUCCUGACUGGAAAAAGUUAGGAGGUCACAAGAAUGAAGUAUAUGAAACUUGGUUCUCGUCCCGACACUUUCUUCACAACUGAGGCCGUAAGGUCUGUUUCCUCAGAAGUUUCUAGUGAUCUCAUAAUUCAAGUCAAGGGUUUCAGGUAUCUGCUUCACAAGUUUCCUCUGCUUUCCAAAUGCUUACGCUUACAGCGGCUAUGCUCUGAAUCACCGGAUUCCUCUCAACCCCAAACGCUCCAACUUCCGGACUUCCCUGGCGGAGUUGAGGCCUUUGAGACCUGCGCCAAGUUCUGCUAUGGCAUUACCAUCACCCUCAGUGCCUUCAACAUUGUUUCAGUACGAUGUGCUGCAGAGUAUCUCCAGAUGACUGAGGAUGCAGAGAAGGGAAAUCUCAUAUAUAAGCUUGAGGUUUUCUGCACUUCAUGCAUCUUCCGAGGAUGGAAGGACUCCAUUGUAACAUUACAGAGUACCAAAUCUUUCCCUCUGUGGUCAGAAGAUCUUGGCGUCACAGGCAGAUGUAUUGAUGCCAUCGCUUCAAAAGUCCUUGCCCAUCCCUCUAAGGUGUGUUUGUCACGAAGUUAUUCCAGAGGGGGCAGAGAUGAUAGUUCCUGCAAUGGAGCAGAGAGCCAGAGACACAGACUUGCACCAAAGGGAUGGUGGGCCGAAGAUAUAGCAGAAUUAGGUAUAGACCUCUAUUGGAGAACCAUGGUGGCUAUUAAAUCCGGUGGAAGGGUACCCUCUAUUCUCUUCGGCGAGGCAUUGCAGAUUUAUGCAUUUCGAUGGCUACCCACCAUGUCUAAAGAUGGGAUUGCCAGCAGCAAACAAGCAACACUAGACAAUUGUUCAGAUUCUAUGGGAGAGAUAACCUCAAAGCAUCGGUUGCUCCUGGAAUCUAUAGUGAGCUUACUUCCAAUGGAGAAAGGUUCUGUUUCUUGCAGAUUCUUGCUUAAACUCUUAAAGGCUGCAAACAUACUUGGUGCUUCUUCUUCUUCUAAGAUGGAACUGGCCAGAAGAGUGGGAAUUCAGUUGGAGGAAGCUACAGUCAACGAUCUUUUGAUACCAUCACUCUCGUACACCAACGAGACUCUGUAUGAUGUUGAUAUAGUCAUGACCAUAUUGGAGCAAUUCAGGUUGCAGGGUCAGAGUCCCCCUACUAGCCCUCCACGAGCCAAGCUUGUGUUUGAAAGGAGGAGAUCUCGAUCCGCAGAGAAUGUUGAUUUUGAGUUCCAGGAGAGUAGGAGAUCUUCUUCAGCAUCACAUAGCUCAAAAUUGAAGGUUGCAAAACUCGUGGAUGGGUAUCUUCAAGAGGUUGCUCGAGAUGUGAAUUUGCCCCUGUCAAAGAUGAUUGCACUUGCGGAGGCCAUUCCAAACUUCACCAGGCCUGAUCACGAUGAUCUCUAUGGAGCCAUUGACAUUUACCUCAAGGCACACCCAAACCUCAACAAGAGUGAACGUAAACGGCUGUGCCGCAUCCUAGACUGCAAGAAGCUUUCAAUGGAAGCAUGCAUGCAUGCAGCACAGAAUGAGUUACUCCCACUGAGGGUCGUGGUACAAGUGCUUUUCUUUGAGCAAGCACGUGCUGCCAUGGCGGGUGGCCAAGUAGCUGACCUGCCUAACAACAUCAAGGCACUUCUAGCCACACAAGAACAUGACCCAGCAAGGCAUCCACCACCCCUAGACUCGAAUACAACUGGUCUGGUAGAUGAUGAGUGGAGUGUAUCUGGCCUUAAAUCCCCUAAGUCAAAUCUGUCAACUCUACGGAUGAAGCUUGCCGAAGAUGAUAACGAAAUGGGUGAGAAUGAUGUGCAGCAAGAUGGAAAUGGGAAGGCUUCUAAACUUAAGGCCUUCUGUUCUCUUCGUACUAGACCCAAGAGAAUGUUCAGUAAAUUGUGGUCUAUCAACAGAAGUAUGAAUGAAAGGCAUUGAUUUACUAUGCAUGUACCUUUAGGCAACGAAAUGGUAUUGGGUAGGUCAAUCCAUAAUCUCUUUGUUUCUUUCAACAUCCUUUGUAAACUUUAGGAAAUCAAAUCCCAUUUUGCAUUGCUGGUGUACUUUAUCGUAAUAAACAACUAAAUCUUCAGGAAACAGGAGGAAAACCUCCUGCGGGUUUCCAGUUGUGCGAAAUGCCGGGAACCCAGAUUUGUAAAUGACCAAAGUGGACUUCAAUUGUUAUUUUGUAUUUAAAACUUGUAUUGUUUAUAAACAAUUGUUCCCAUUCUCUUUUC